AUGCAGAUCUUUGUGAAGAGCCCCACCGGUCGGACAAUUUGCCUCAGGGCACAACCAUCAGAUACCUUGCAAACUGUGAAGGCAAAGAUUCAGGAGCGGGAAUACCUUGUCUAUGAUGGAGUGCGGCUCGAGGACAAUCUUACUUUGGUUGGCUAUGGCGUCCAGCAUAGAUCUACGCUUGACCUCAAAGAAAAGAUGCAAAUCUAUUUAGUGGAAACACUAGCAGGCACAACCAUCACUCUUGAGGUUGACAGCUCAGAAACUGUUGACAACAUCAAGGCAAAGAUUCAGUAUAGUGAGGGCUUUCCUAAGGGUCAGCAGUGCCUCAUAUUUGGCGACAAACAGCUGGAGGACAAUAGCACCUUGGCGGACCACAACAUUUCGAAGGACUCCACUCUUCUCCUUGUCCUCCACUGGUUUCCAAGAGGUACCAUGCAUAUCUCCAUACAGAUGACAGAUGGAACGAAAGUCCAUCUUGAAGUUGAGAGGUCAGACACGAUUGAUAAUAUCAGUUUAAAGAUCUAUGAGAAGGCCCAUGUUCCCACACAGCAAGCAAUCCUAUUUGGCGGCAGGAGGCUGAAGGGUAGCAAGACCCUGGCAGACUAUGGCAUUGAGAAUGGGGAUGCUCUCGAUUUGUUGAUCUGCCAGUGUGGCUGUUGA